AUGAGUCUCCGUAUAGGAUUAGGCCAGAUAUGUUCAUCUUCCAACGUUAAAGCCAAUGCUCGAGUUGUAAGCAAAUUAAUCAACAAAGCACUUGCAUGUCAAUUGGAUGUUCUCUUCCUCCCUGAAGCCAGUGACUAUAUAUCCAGUAGUAGUGAACAUGGACUUUUAUUAGUUGAGAGUGUUGAAACCGAUUUCGUUGCCGCUAUUAAAGGACUAGUUCGAGGUACUCCUCUCCAGGUGGCUGUAGGGAUCCAUUCGCCUGGUGUUAACAAAGAAAAGGUUAAGAAUGAGUUAUUGUGGAUAAGUGAUGGGGAAGUGAAGCAUCGGUACCAAAAGAUUCAUUUAUUUGAUGUUAAUGUUCCUCAAGGUCCGAUAUUACAAGAACUGAAAAGUGUUGAACGAGGUGAUACAUUAUGUAAACCAUUUUCCAUUGGCGAUGGUGAUGGUGAUGAAACGGGCAAAUGGAAGGUGGGAUUAGGUAUUUGUUAUGAUAUUAGAUUUCCUGAAAUGGGUUUAGCUUUAAGACUGGCAGGUGCUAAUAUCAUUACUUACCCACUGGCAUUCACUACCAAAACAGGUGAAGCACAUUGGAAGGCAUUAGGAAUCGCCAGAGCAUUGGAUACACAAAGCUAUGUGAUUAUGGCAGCUCAAUGUGGUUCUCAUGAUACCCUGUAUUUGAGACCUGAAAGUAAUAAUGGGGCAGUUGUUAAGCGUAUUAGUUAUGGUGCUUCACUUGUGGUUGAUCCGUGGGGGGUGGUCGUGUGCGAGGCGAAGAAAUACAGUGAUUCAGCCUUAACUGAUGACAUAGACCAAGAUGGUGAUUACUAUCAGUUAGUAGAAGCAGUAUUAGAUUGGCAACUGUUGGCUACAAUAAGACAAAACAUGCCAUUAGAAGAUCAUAGAGUACAAUGGAAAUAA